AGAGAGAGACAGGGAGAGAGAGACAGGGAGAGACAGGGAGAGAGAGAGAGACAGGGAGAGAGAGACAGAGAGACAGGGAGAGAGAGACAGACAGACAGACAGGCAGAGGGAGAUCACAGGCAGCCUGGUAGAGAGUUCACUUUCAAGGAGAGAGAGAUCUGGACUCGGAUUCUACUUCUAACGUAUAAGAACGGUGUGAUCCUGGGCAAAACACUUAAACGCUCGUUGGCAACUCCUCAAGACUAGAAACUGUAGGGAAAGUCCACCAGGGUUGGUUGAAGAUGGUCCCUCACCUGGGCUUUCUUUAGGUCAGUGAAGUCCCAGAUCCAGUCUAUAAUUCCCAAUGCUUCAAGACAAUUUGAACUAAGUCAAUAUUCAAAACAGCAGUGAAAAAUUCUACCCCCAGACCAUCCCCUAAUACUUCAGUUGAUCCAUCAUUUCAUCAGUGUGGAUACUUCAUCUCCAGGUUUGAUGAAGACCAGAGAAGUAUGCUUCCCAUUGAACUUCACACCAUCAUUUGUCCUAGAGAAUGUCCCUAACUGAGAAUAGGAUGCUUUUUGCCUAUGAAUCUUCAAUACACAGUGCCAAUAUUCUUUUGAGCCUCAAUGAUCAAAGGAAAAGAGAUCUUCUUUGUGAUGUCACUGUCUUAGUGGAAGAUCAGCCGUUUCGCGCUCACCGUUGUGUGCUUGCAGCAUGCAGCAGUUACUUUCUUUCAAGAAUUGUUGGCCAAUCAGAUACGGAUCUUGUCAUUACUCUCCCAGAAGAGGUGACAGUGAAGGGAUUUAAUCCUCUGAUUCAAUUUGCCUACACAGCUAAGCUCAUCUUAAGCAAAGACAAUGUCGAUGAAGUCUGCAAGUGUGUCCAAGUUCUGGGCAUGCAUGACGUUGAAGAGUCCUGUUUUCAGUUCCUCAGACUGAAGUUUUUGAACCCGGCCGCAGGCCAGCAGGAAGACCCCGCCAAAGAGUGCGGCCGGAAGGCCAGCGCUACCCUUUCGCCAUUGGAUCCUGGGGAGCUGGACACAGACGAGGCGGCCGAACCUCUCGACAAUGGGCACCUUCAGGCUUCUCGCUGCAACGUCCACGCGUGGAAAGACCACGAAGAGGCCCCCCCUCCCACCCGAGACCAAACCUACGAGGCCUGCUCAGGGAAGGGCGGCGCCCCUGGGUCAGCGUCGUUAGGCCCAAAGUACAGGAAGUUCCAGAAAGCCUUUGGGACCGACAGAGUCCCCACGGGGGAAUCGAGCAUUCAGGAGAUUCCAGCAUCAGCGUUUGUCUGCGUCCCGCCGCGAGCAGCCCGAGACUGCCCGGAUUUCCCGAGGACUCCGAAGCAUGAGGACGUCCAAGUAGAGAUGGGCGAUGAGGAGGAAGCCGAGCCCACGGAGAAUCCGUGUCGGCGCAAAGCCGAGGUGGCGCAGCCCCCCCCAGAGCCCGCCGCAGCUGCCCCCGGCUUCUACGCGCUUUCUCUCUUGCACCCCUAUGAACAGUACGGUGAGGCGCCUCUCACAGGCGUGCAGAACCUGACUGUGCUGUCUGAAGGCCCUUCCGGUGCAGACGGGGGAGCCGAUAAAGCCGCACCGUCGACGUCGGCUCCAGGCCGCCAAGAGGAGCAGCCCGCCCCGGCCGAUGAGCGAAGCAGCGUGGAGAGGGAAGUGGCCGAGCACCUGGCCAAGGGCUUCUGGACCGACCUCUGCAGCCUGGACGCCAGCGGCCAGCCCCAGCUGGCCCCGGCCAAAGCGUGCGCGGAGCACGCCUUUUCACCGAGGAGGUCCGAGUGUCCGUGGCUCGGGAUCCGGAUCAGUGAGAGCCCCGAGCAGAGCCAGAGGACCUUCACCACCCUGAAUGCCGUCAGCUGCCCCUUCAUCAAUACGCUCAGCGCCGAGGAGUGUGCCAAUGACUUGGAAAUCGGCAGCGACGACUUUGCUCCGGAGCCACAGCCGGAGCCUUGCCCCUACGCCUGCGUGAUCAGCCUGGGGGACGAUUCCGAGACGGACACGGAAGGGGACAGCGAAUCGUGCUCGGCCCGCGAGCAGGAGUGUGAGGUUAAACUUCCAUUCAAUGCCCAGAGAAUCAUUUCUCUUUCUCGAAAUGAUUUUCAAUCCUUGCUGAAAAUGCAUAAGUUGACUCCAGAACAGCUGGAUUGUAUACAUGAUAUUCGAAGAAGAAGUAAAAAUAGAAUCGCAGCACAGCGUUGUCGAAAAAGAAAACUUGACUGCAUACAGAAUCUUGAGUUAGAAAUUGAGAAGUUGCAAAAGGAGAAGGAGAGUUUGCUAAAGGAAAGAGAUCACAUUUUAUCCACCCUGGGUGAGACAAAACAGAACCUAACUGGACUCUGCCAGCAAGUAUGCAAAGAAGCCGCUUUAAGCCACGAACAGAUCCAGAUCCUGGCCAAGUACUCCGCCUCCGAUUGUCCCCUGACAUUGUUAAUUUCUGAAAAGGAAAAAACGACUCCUGACUGCAAAUGGGGGCCCCCAUCCUGCGUGGAUUUACCUCCUGGGCUCCCGGAUGCUCCCCGAACCAGAGAGCAGAAUUCCCCUUAUCCGUGCGUCAAAGAAAUGGAUAGCAAUGAACAGCAGCAGCAAGGUUCCUACUGGAAUUCCCCACGAACGUCUUCGUUGCUUAUGGGACCGUGUUGUCCGAGUGGCGGCAUCCCCGAUUUCUGCCCGAUGACCGGUAAAUGCACCACCGAGGACUGACGCGACAUUUUGUUUCCUUCCUGCCACUAACGUUCGUGAUCAAGUUUUUGUAUUAACCUGAAACUCUAAUGUCGGCUCCUUCCAUUAGUUUCUGCUAAGUUUUCUCUAAGCCCUCCCGGGAUUAGAGAGCGCGCGAUGCCCCACGGCUCCGCCAUGAUUUCAGCUGGCCAACGUGAACGCUGUGUUGUGUUGGAAGUAAACGGAGUGAAAGCCGGGAGCGUUUGGAGAAAGUUGGGCGCCUUUUUUUGCUGCUAGAACCCCUUCCUUAAAGGGUUCCAAAGCCCUUGUCCUCAGCAAGCACUUCCUCAAUGCCUCCAGGGGUCGGCUAGAGAGCCCGGGGAUGGGUUGUGGAUUGGGGGAGUGAGGGGGAGGCUUCUCUCCAAAGAAGCCAGGAGGAAUUCAAACGGGGAGUCAGGGCAAAAAAAGCAUCCGGUGUUGGGAGGUCAAGAAGAGCUUGUGUGAGCAACCAUAGGAGGGAGGCCAGUGCCAUGGCAUCAAACUGGGGAGGCGGAAUUUCCACAUUGUUAUGCCUUACGUAAUUAUACAGAUAGAUGUGUGCCUAGUAUAGGGAAAACGAGGCGGACGAAAUGAGGACGCAGGCCUCCCCCAGUCAGGAAGCGGAGAAAUACUUCCCAUGAACGAUGAAAUUUCAUUAAGCAAAUUUCUGCUAAUGUAGAAGAGCUCGAAUGUCAUUUGUAAACAACAACCAACUUUCGAGGACUUCGAGGUACAGUACAGGAUGCCACCCAUGAAUUGCAUGUCGAAGUUGGAGAUUGAAAGUUUUCCCUCAGCUCAAUUAUGAACAGUUUUCCGCUUUUACUGCUGAAGAAAACGAAAAGUGAAUGGAUCAGAAUGAACCGACAAGUGUUGAUCCGUGAGCAGUUAUGAGGCACUGUGCUAGCCUGUCCUGUUGGGGCAUAUUUGUUGAAAAGCACUAAUCACGAAAGCACUAACCAUCUGAGCAGUAGAGAAGCUUAAUUAAAUUCCCAGAGUGGUUCUGCAGAGACUUCUAUCCACAUGCAGAGCACCGAGGCACAAGUGGCCACCUUAGCCUGGAUGUUUGUGCAAAGUUUUGUAUUUUAAUUUGGGGUGUAAAAUGUUUUUUAAUUCUUUGGUAAAAGGUACUCAAAAUGAGGCGGUCCCUGGGGUGGCUGGUGCCGUGAUUUCCAUGAUAGGGCUUCUCUGAAGUACUUAGAAUGACUUAUGAUCGCUAUUUACUGGUUGAGAGAGAAACGUGUAUUGAGUGACUAAAACAUAUACUUGCUUAUCUUAUGGGACCAAUCUUAAUAGUUUGAGAAAUUUUUAAAAAUGUAAUUCUCUCUCCUUUUUACUGUAGGAAAACUCUCCAGUAUUUUCAUUGCUUAUCGAUUAUAGAAAUUGUAAUAAGGGACUGAAUUGGAUUUGGGUUUAUCCUCUGUGUUUGAACAGACCCCGAGUGAUUGGAAAAGUAGCAUUUUUAUGACUGAAUCAAACAGAAUAGAUAAAAACGAUUGUGUCUAAAUGAUUUCCUGUAAUCCAUUGAAAUUUUAUUCCUAAUUUUCCCAUACAAUGGAGUGUAAACAUUGUUAAUUAUUUGCAAAAUGUCAACUCUCAUGUAAGCCAUUGGCUAGAAUCUUUGGAUUCCCUACCUCAUUAUAUACAUGGAUGCUUGUCAUACCAGCAUGUAUACGUGCAAAAAUGUCAAAUAAUCUGCUCUUAUGGCUACUGUAAAUAUCGACAGAUUAUUCAGUAUUUUACGACAAAGCCUCACUGUCUCCAGAAUUAAAAACUAAUUUUCAAGGCACUGGGUUCGAAAUCUGCAGACUGAAAUCUGCAGACUGAACCAGCCCGAGGAACCCCUUUCCUAAGUUUGGCCCACCAUCGAAAUGUUUAUUUCUUGAUACUGAAUAUUAUUCCUUAUAACCAGCAUGUAAUACAAAUAACUACACUACCUCAAAGGCAAGUGAUUGUCAAGUUAUAAACAUGUGCAGAAAAUAUUCUUUGAAUUCUUGUUUUUCCCCUUCGUGAGGUGGGGAAGUUUUUAUUCUGUAUAUUGCAUAGACGAUGCACGCAACAGAAUGACAGUAUCAUAUGGAUACAAUGGAUACGUUGACCUCCAUUGGUCUUCCUUUACAGUCUGGUCAAGGAUAUGUGUGUAGUAUGUGAUAGGCGAAGCCCUUUGUCUUGGCUUCAGUCUUUUGUCCUUUGCUUAGUGUUUCAAACGUCUUGCAUCAUUUUCUGAAAACCAUUACAUUGAACAUAGUCUUUAUUGUGUUACCUUAUUUUUCAGACUUUAAAAAGUAAUUUGAAUACUAAUGGCAAAUUCUGUACUACUCAGAACUAAUGUGAAUAUUAUUUCUUUGCUAAAUAGUUUUCUUAUUUUAAAAAAUAUUUGAAGAUUAAUGUUUAGUCAUCCACAUUUUAAUAAUUAGAAAUCUAUUUAAUACAGUAAGAAAAAGAUUGCAUGGAGAUUGUUAUUAUCAAUUUGAAAGAAAACAUGGCAAUAUUAUAAAUUCUCAGGUGAACUUUUUUUAAUCAUGAAACGUGUAUUUUGAACUUUUAAAUGUUUUAAGUGUUAAUGCAUGUAAUCAUAUUUUGAAACUUAUUGGACAAAAUGAAAACUUAGCCAAUAACAAUAAAAAUGACAUAUUGAUUGUAAAAUCUGAAA